AGCGAACGUGUGAGCUGCUGGAAAAAUACGAAGACAGAGUAAAGAAUCGGAGGUGUACAUACUAUAUAGUGCAGCUAUACUAAAUAUAGCUUAAAAGUGUCAAUUUCUUAGAAUUCUUUUCUAGAAAUCGGAAAAUAUGGCAAGUUUCUGGCAGGAAUUGAAAUCGUUACUAAAGACCCUGCUCUGCUUUGUGAUUGCUUUGAUGCUGGUGCCUCUAUUGCUGUUAUCGUUCCUAUGCGCUCACUUCGUCAACGAACUAUCCAACUAUGUGCUGAGCAUCAAGUACCCGAACCUUACCAUCUCAAAGUCCAAGAAGAUCCGGACUUUAAUCGACACGCCGAAGAAUGCGGGCGUAUUUCACUUUCUGCUCCAAGUGGAGGGAGAAUGUGACUUCGAGAGAAUCAAGAUGUCCUAUGCCCAGUAUCUGACUGAUCUGCGGGAUAAAACUGGCAUGCUAAGGUUCCCUAAGCUGCGUCAAAAGCUCGUCCCUUGUUGGGGACAUUAUGCGUGGGUGAAUGAUAGUAGUGGCUUCAACAUCAACAAUCACGUCCUGCUCAGCACCCACAAAUACCGAGGACGUCCAGUUACAGAAUCGAACAUUCAGGAGUAUGUCAGCGAACUCGCCACCAAGUAUAUUCCCUCAGAUCUUCCGCAGUGGCAGGUGAUUGUGAUCCCGAACUCGGACACCUCUCAGCCCUAUUAUAUCCUCAUCAAACUGCAUCACCUGAUAAUUGCCGAGGAGGAGGAUCUGCAUGUGAGUGAGAUGCUUUUGCUCCAGGAUCCGCAAAAGAAAACAGUGAUGUCUCUAAACGAUGGAUUGGGCCAGAGUUCAAAUCAACAACUGGCCCGUUUUGUACGAAAACCCGAACACAUCAGCAGAUUGAUUAGUCACAUAAUGCAUCUUGUCAUUUGCCGCUGGCAGAAAUUCAUCUAUGAAUUUGAAUCUCUCGAAACUCCCGAUGGACCUUCAUCUAUUGUUCAAGUUAAAAACAUCAGUCAGUUGGCUUCUGUGAUAGUAAUAGUCCUGGUAAAUGUGAUUUUGGGUUAUAUGAGGAGUCGUUCAAUGCUCAAGAAACUCAAAAGACGUUCAGUUAGCUAUCGAAAUCAAGUAGGUCGUUUUCAAACCAUACGAUUGCUUUUAAACAGGGAGUUGCAACAACGGAAUCUCAGUUGGUCGGUGGCCAGAAAUGCCGUCUAUAACAGUUUGCAGCCUACUAAUUUGGCCAAGGUUUGGACACGAUUUCUUUGGCGUCUAAAUCUCAAUCAUGUUUUGCUUCUACCCUAUCACAUUUACUGUGAAUUUUUGGCUUUCGGUGAUGUUUUGAUCAGGGGUAAAACUUCGUAUACUUCAACUUAUUGCGCCAGACUGCAUUUAUAUGUACCACUCUUGCUCUACGCUCAGUUGGAGUUUUUCAAAAUUCUUUGGGAGCUUUUCCACGCGCCGAGAAACAUUUACGAAGUUCUUUUCGAACAGCCAACAAAGGAGUUGAAUAUUCUGCACACAAAAUCUUAUGCCGGCAGGAAAAUUGUCUCUUUUGGGCGGUCAAUAAAUGGCGCCCAACUUAGGAACCGCAAUCAGGGAAAAUUCAACAACGAUCUCAGAGAAUCCGAUUUCAGUUUAACAUGCUUAGCAGGUGCUGUGCACGACUACUUUGAAACCUUCUCAGGGGAUUUAAAAGUUCCCAAUUUCCUUAACACCACCUGUAGGACCAUAGAUAAAGGAUAUUUUACAGAUCGCAUUGGGGAUAAAUCCGAAAAUAUUGGGGGAGUAGUCUUCUUGCAAUUGCCUUUAGCAAAACCAGACGCAAAUCAUGCAAAGGAACUUCAUCAUAUUGUUGAACGAAUCAGGAAGCAACAGAUCAUAAUAUACUUAGCUUCUAUUGGCCAGACAAAAUACAGCAUUCUCACAGCUCUUUUACCCCAUGUUAUUACGAAAAUUUUCAUUAACUUUUUCUCAUACAACUUUCCAAUCACAAUUACUGAAAUCUAUGGACCCACUGAUGAAUUCCAAUCGGCUUGGGGUCAGAAAGUCCAGGACGUUCUACUCUUCCGACCUCCACAGUCGAAGACCUGUCUAUCCCUCAAUCUGCAUCGCUUUGGUGACAAAUACAGGUUGGCUGUUAUGGCAGAUACACAUCUAGCACCUGACCACACAAUAAUCACAAGGUCUUUCGAUCAAUACAUGGAAACAAUCACUCUCUAACAAGAAGAAUCUUCCCCUCUUUUGAUGGGUUCGGGGAAUAUAUAUACGAAAUAAAAACUAUUUAUCCGCCGUUAAA